UUAACACUGCCUUCUGGACUGAGGGAGCAGGCACAGAGGAGCCAGUGAACGCUACUGAAGGCAUCCCGGGAAUGCACAGUCGUCAACGUGGCAACAAUGGUGUCUCUGUAGUCUGGUAAAGCUCAGCUGGAGACUUAAAUGACACCAAGCAAAACCUACUUAGUUUAGAAUUUCAGAAAUUGGAUGGUGAAAAAGGCAAGCAUGAAGUUUGCAGGUCUGCUUUGUGUCCUUCUGCUUAUCGUUUUUCAAACUGAUUUUGGACAAAAUGAAGAAACACCUAGGAAACAAAGGAGGAGGGUGUAUUAUAGAAGAUUGAGGAAAAGCUCCUCACCCAGCCGCAGAUCCAGCGGGCAGCUGGGGAUCCAGCAGACAGUGGUCACACCAACAGCAACAAUUCCUGUGCUUAACCUGGAUUAUAGCAUAGAGGAAAAGUCUGACUCCUUUUUAAAUUUUCUUGGAGUAGAAUCAAGUUAUAAUGUGUUACCAGGAAAGAAGGGACACUGUCUGGUGAAUGGGAUGACCAUGUACAACAGAGCGGUGUGGUCUCCUGAGCCGUGCACUACCUGCCUCUGCUCAAAUGGAAGAGUGCUUUGUGAUGAGAUGAUGUGCCACCCUCUGAUGUGCCCCCAGACAGUUAGGCCUGAAGGAGAGUGCUGCUCUGUCUGUUCUGACGCAGCAACCUCCCAUCUGCAGCUCAUUGGUACAGCAUUAAGUGAUAGGAGUGAAUUUUCUGGUGAUUCUUCAGAACAAACAGAACCUACCAACUCACCUCACCAGGUGGAAAUGGAUCAAGCACUACAAAAAGAGGAACUUCAAUCUGAGGAGAAUGAAGAAGAAAUUAAAGAAGAUAAAGAUAAGGAGCAAAAGAAAAAGACCCUUGGACCUGGAGGGCAGGGAAGAUCUCUUGCUGAGGAGCAGAGCAGAGGAGCGGCAGGGAGACCACGAGCAGUGGGGAGGCCAGCCCAUCAGCAGGGACAUCCAGCAAGGGAGGAGGCUGAGGAGGACAAGGAGGCUGAGGAGGCGGAGGAGGAGGAGGAGGAAGAGGAGGAGGAGGAGGAGAGCACCAUCAGAGGAGACAUGUUCAGGGUGUGGUCCAGACCCCGGGGCCCCCCUCCUCCCCGGGGCAUGCCGUCUGUGCCGAGCCGGUGCUCCCUGUCCUACAGGACCAUCAGCUGCAUCAGCGCUGGCCUCUUGCAGAUACCACCACUGACAGGACCAGAGAUAACAAGCCUGGAGCUCGCUGGCAAUUUCAUCACCGCCAUUCCUGACGAAGCAUUCAAUGGAUUGCCAAAUCUGGAAAGGCUUGAUCUGAGCAAAAAUAACAUCACCUCCCCAGGCAUAGGUCCCAAAGCAUUCAAGCAUCUGAAGAAAUUAAUGCGCCUGAAUCUGGAUGGAAACAACCUGGCAGAGAUUCCUUCAGAACUGCCGUCUGCAUUAGAAGAACUUAAAAUCAAUGAGAAUGGUCUGCAGGCUGUCAGUGAGGAAAGCUUAUCAGACCUAAAUCAACUGGUCACCUUAGAACUGGAAGGAAACAAUCUCAGUGAAACCAAUGUCAAUCCCUUGGCUUUCAAAUCUUUGAAGAGUCUGUCCUACCUACGUCUGGGAAGAAAUAAAUUCAGAAUUAUACCACAGGGUCUUCCUGCUUCUAUUGAGGAAUUAUACCUAGAAAACAACCACAUUGAAGAAAUAACUGAGAUCUGUUUCAACCACACCAGAAAGAUCAACAUCAUUGUGCUACGUUACAAUAAACUGGAAGAAAACAGGAUUGCUCCUUUAGCCUGGAUAAAUCAAGAAAAUCUCGAGUCCAUUGAUCUCUCUUACAACAAGCUCUACCACGUCCCAUCCUACCUGCCCAAGUCGCUACUGCACCUUGUGCUCCUUGGGAACCAAAUCGAGCGCAUCCCAGGCUACGUGUUUGGCCACAUGGAGCCAGGCCUGGAGUAUCUGUACUUGUCAUUUAACAGACUCUCAGAUGAUGGUGUGGACCGAGUCUCCUUCUAUGGGGCGUAUCAUUCUCUCAGAGAGCUGUUUCUGGAUCACAAUGACUUAAAAUCUAUACCACCAGGGGUACGAGAAAUGAAAGCACUACAUUUUCUGAGGUUGAACAACAACAAGAUACGGAAUAUUCUUCCAGAACAAAUUUGCAAUGCUGAAGAAGAUGGAGAUUCGACCCUGGAACAUCUUCACCUUGAAAACAAUUAUAUUAAAACAAGAGAAAUAUCAUCCUAUGCAUUUUCGUGCAUAAGAUCAUACUCAAGUAUAGUUCUUAAGCCACAAAAUAUCAAGUGAUUCCAGGUUUUUGUUCAUCUAACUCGUAUUCCUGCAUGUGCUGUAGCCGUUCUUGUCAUUGAUAAGGAGCACCCACCCGACCAGCCACCCCACACAGAAAACAACCAACACCUACCCCAAGGUUACUUCACUAGCAAUUUUAGUGAAAGCUUCAGCUUCACACUCCAGAAAAAAGCCCUCUCACUGCAAGCUUCCUUAGAGAACAGGAUGUUAUUCACUGUGGACUAAGACUGGGAAAAUCUGGAACAAAAUAAUCAUGUUCUUUACAGCUGACCUGAGUAUUGCCGUUAACAGAAACCCUCCAAGUCCCUUUAAAAAUUACAUGUGUUAUGGUUCAAGACCGAGAAGUGUAUGGCAAGAAAAAAAGAACAGAUGGAAUUUAUGAAUUAGUGUUCUGUUAGUGAUCCUACUGUUAAAACAAUAACCUAUUCAUUUUUUAUAAGAUGCUAUGCUAUAAUUAUUGGUUAAAAUAUACUUAAUGAUUGGCCUUAUCUAGUACCUUCUGUUAAUCACACAUGUGAAAUUAAAACACUACUGUCAUGUUAAUUUCUUGGUUUUGAGAACUGUAGUGUGGUUACAUACUGGUUACUAACAUUAGAGGAAGCUGGGAAAAGAGUGUAUGUGAAUUCUACACAAAUUUUUGAAACUACUCCAAGUUAAUAAUUUCUGUCAGUCUAAAAAAUUAAACAAUACUUUAAGAUCACCCUCAUUAUUCUUUAUUCAAGAUCAAAAGAUUUUAUGGGAAGUAGUGGAUUUGCUUAAAACAUAUUAAUUGUCCUUGCUACAACCUUAUGAAUAUAACCAUAAGGCAUGAACUCUUGAAAAUUUUUGCUACACUGGUCAUUGUUAGCACCUACCUUUUGUGCCCUAAUGUGUUCAAAAGUAUCCUUUUAUUUAGUUCAAUUUAACAUCAAGCUCAGUAUUUACUAUGUAUUAGAACUUACCAAAACCAUAUGGUAUUAAAAUUUUCAUUAUGUAAUAA